UUCUUUCUUUCUUCUUCUGCUUGUAUACGGAUAACUCUCUGUUUAUUUGUAAACAGAACGGGAAUUUGUAUAUCUAUUUGUGUAGAGUGGGGGGAGAGGGGUUAUGUAUGCUAUAUAUUAUAUUUAUUUAUUAGUAGUGAGGUAAAACUCAUUUUCUUGGGUAAGUUUUAAGUUCUCCUCCCCCUCUUCAUUUCGAAACUUCUCUAUUCCCCCUCUCCUCCCUCCUGCUUUGGUUCUUUGUACAUCUAAAAAGAGGUUCCUUCCCCCCUGUGUCUCUCUCUUAUUAAAUAUGAUAUAACAUUAGUAUAUUAUUAGCUAGUGCGCGCAGUGUGUCUUGUAAUAUCCCCAUAUUAAGCAUUUCCCCCGCGCACGCGCGCUCUCUUCUUCCCCCGUCCAAUAGUUUCACACAAUGAUGAUACUCUAUAAGUUUGCCGAGAUUCUGACGAUCGAACUCCCUUCAAUGGGAGAUCUCGUUGAAUCGAUGAAACCUUCGCAACUGCAGUCAUAGUUACUCUGAGUGUGAAAAAUGUUGAAACCUUACAAGAGGGGGAGAGUAGAAGAGAGGAGAGGCGGGAUGAAAAUUUAUAUUUUUCUGUUUUUUAUAAAAGCGUACAACUUGGUAAACUAAUAACGAAUAGAGAAUUUUAUUACAAUUUGUGUGUUGUGUGUGUGAUGCCUUUAAAGAAACCGAGGAUAAAAGAAUAUUAAUGUAUUAUUUGUAUCAUGUUCAUACAAUUAAAUGUGGUAAACUUCGUUGAUGGAUACAAAAUUAGUACGAUAGAAAAAUAAUUCUAUCACUUUGUUAUACACUUUUUACUAUGAAAUUAAAGUGCUCUAAUAAUUUUUCUUUUUUAUAUCGUAUCUAAUAGAAAUAUUUUUUCUUAUUUUAACGCGUGAGAAAAGUUUAAUUAUUAUAAAUCUUUUUUGUUAUUAAAUUAUAAUGAAAGAUUUCAUCUCAUAAUAACUUUUUUCGAUGAAAAUAUAAGUUCGUAAUUCAUGCUUAGAAAUCACUUAGCCUAUUUUAUUUCAUUUCAUUUCAUUUUAUUCAUACGUCAUACAGAUACAUUCUGUUCGAGGUAAUAUUAUGAAUGGCGCCACCAAUCGGAUCAUACCCGUUUACCAUCCCUUAAGAAGCUUAAUUUACGCUAAGCACUAAAGGGUCUCUUACGAACGACAGGUGUAAUAUAAGUCGAUCCAAAGUAGUAGAUUGAAUUGCUUCCGCUUUAUAUCAAUGCUGUUUCGAGUCGAUCCAACUUUGGAUGACUGGGGGUCUUUGGGUGAUGGGACUUUAAAAUAUUUUUCGCACGAGCCUCUCAUUAUUCAUCUCAUUAUCAAGAAAGAGACAUAACAAAAAAAUAUUCAAUAUUUAUCACAACACUUUACCAAGGUUUUUAUGUUAUAUGACUGAAAAGGUUACUCAACAGUUUGGGACAGGUAUUUGAUAUUAAAAUGAAAAACUAUUAACACGUGAUCUUAGAUGGAAGAAACAGAAAAAAGAAAAGAAAAGAAAAAAUAGAUAUUCAACAAUAGUAAACCGAAAGAUUGUUAUCUUACUGGAGUCGCAGUUUGUAGCAAGAGAAAGAAGAAAAGGAGAAAAAGGAAAAGGAGAAGAAGUACGAGGAGAGAAAUACGAAGAAGCUCGUUCUCGGUAGAACGGGUCCCGAUUACGUCUGGAGUUGAAUGACCCUUAGGUUGUGUGGCAGGAGGUACAAAGAGAGUGAACGAGAGAGAGAGAGAGAGAGAGAGAGAGAGAGAGAGAGAGAGAGAGAGAGAAAGAGAGAGAGAGAGAGAGAGAGAGAGAAGAGAGAAAGCAAGAGAAGGAGAGAAGAAAGUCGAAGAAAAGCAAGAGUAAAGCAAGGGCACGAGACAACGACGAAGAUCAAGACGAUCAAGAGGAGUAAGAGGAGAACAAGGAAGACGACGAAGACGACGACGGCAAGGAGUGGCUGAGAAGAAGAAGAGCAAAUUGGUGCUUCCGGUAACAGGGGUCCAUGAGUACCGUGGAGGAAAGCGUGCGUAACGUGACAAAACGUAACAAGCUUAGUUCACGUUGUGGCACGAGCGAGCCGACCGAUUGGAGCAGCUCGACUACUCCCACCAGUGAUACAUGGGACCCAGUCCAGGUGGUCCCCACCGCCGAGACAUCGAGAUUCUCGUCCGCCUCUCUCAGGACCCAGGAUCCGUUGGGCCUUCCGAGCCGUCGCUUCGACAACCUCGACUCGACCGCUCAGCAAGCCACACCCGAUCAAGUUGACUUCUUCUUCAAGGUUAUGCUAUUGGGCGACAGUGGAGUCGGAAAGACCUGCCUACUUACUCGUUUUCGCGAUGGUCGUUUCUUAUCUGGAAACUACAUAACUACCGUCGGCAUUGAUUUCAGGAACAAGAUCGUUACUGUCGAUGAAACAAGAGUGAAAUUGCAGAUUUGGGAUACCGCCGGACAGGAAAGAUUUCGUAGCGUGACUCACGCGUACUACAGAGACGCUCAUGCUCUUCUAUUGCUGUACGACGUAACGAACAAGACGAGCUUUGAUAAUAUCAGGGCCUGGCUCAGCGAGAUCCGGGAACAUGCCAAUGAGGACGUUGUUAUCAUGUUGCUCGGCAACAAAUCAGAUUGUGGACAGGAACGAAUGGUCAAGACAGAAGACGGCGAAAGAUUGGCGCAAGAGUACAAAGUUCCUUUCAUGGAAACCUCCGCCAAGACCGGACUCAACGUCGAAUUGGCAUUUCUCGCGGUAGCUAGAGAAUUGAAAGCUAGAAAGAGCAGUGACCCAGACGAUACGAAAUUCAAUGUACAGGAUUAUGUGCGUCAACAAUCAAAACGAAGUUCUUGCUUCAACUCUAAUUGUUUGACAACCUAAACUUGAUCGCGGCAUAAUUAUAGACCCUCGCUCGUAAAUCUUUUUAAUCGUUUGGAUUGGCGGAACGAUGGAAUGGAAACCGGAACUGGUUGGCUGUUGAAUUGUGAUAUGGUAUUUUCAUUAAUUCGAACACAACGGACUAUGAGCACAUAAAAAAGUAAUGAAAUUUAUUUUGAUUUCCAUUUCGUUUAUGAAUUAAAAAAAGCAAUAACAAAAAAUAGAAAUCAAAAAGAAAGAAAAAAAAUAGAAAUGAUGAUAGAUCUCGUCAAGAUGUAUAAUUUGGAAUUUAUAUAUAGAUUAAAUCAAGAUAAGAUAAUCAAGCAAAAUCACUACAAGCUAAAAUCUAGUUUCUUCAAAAAAAGAAAGAAAAGAAAUUACAAGGAAUGACCCGACUUGACACAAUUCGUUGCAAAAUUUUGAUAUAAUAGAAAAUUUUGUCGUUAAUCGCACAAAAUGAUUAGAAACAAAAAAAGAAGUGAAUCAGUUGUAUUCGUUUUGUUAGAUAUUGUUUUUUCGAUCGACGAUCGUUGAUUUGAACAUAAUUUAUUAUUUAUAAAGAAGUUAUGCUGAGAUGAAAAUUUGUAAAAAUUAUCUACAAUUUUGAAACAUCGUACGUUGACUAUAAGAAUUACUAGAAACACAUAGGAUGUAGUAUACUUUUCGAAAAAUUUCGAUGCAUUUAUGGUCCAAAUAGUUAACAGAACGAUUAACGAGCUUAUAAUAUCAUUUUUCAAUAAGAAAUUUUUGAUACCACCUUGAAUACUAUUUUUUCAAAUCUUGGUGAUUUUUAAACACGGACAUUUGCUCAAACGAAUAGUAUAGAUGAUGAUUAAGAUUUUUUAAAUAUUUUUUUAACAAAUCAAAUAUACGAAUAAUUUUAUUGAUCUCGUUUUUAUUAAUUUUAUGAUAAAUCCAUCGUUGAAUACGAGCAUGUUGUAUCUGGACAAAAGAAAUGUGCAUCAUAUAAGUUAUAAGAUAUACAUAUAAAUUGUAAAUAUACAAAGUGUAUGUUAAACGUGUACAAAAGAUAACAAACAAUGUAUGAUAAUGUAAGGUCGAAGAAUAAAGAAUGAUCAAAAAAUUGCAAA